AUCCUCGCCUUUCCUGCGCGAGAAGCAUGGAGGGUGGAUGCACAGCAAUGGUGUAGGCGAGGGAGUGGACGCUUCUCCGACUCGUGCGAUGUGGACAGUUGAUGUGGGGAGUGGGGAGGAGAAGGACGAGAAAUGCACGGUGCAGCACCGUUAGCAGAGUGGUUGUGUCUGCUUUUGCUGUGCUGGACUCGGGGACAGAUCCUGGCGCAGAGGGACAGCUGCAGAUCUAUAGAAUCAAAUGUCGUGAGGAACAACCUUGGAGAUUUGGCAGUAGGACUGUCACGUCGGGGUCAGUUUCGAGAGUAUGCUCUUCGACCUUUUCUUCAACCCCGUGUGCCUGAUACUCCUGGGAGUACUACAGUCCGAAAUCAUAUCACUACAUGGAUGUCCAGUGUGGGAUGGACUGUAGAGGAAGACAGCUUUCAGCAGCAAACACCCUUUGGCACUCGUCGCUUUACCAAUGUAAUUGCAACACUUGACCCAAGCAAAUCACGAAGAAUUGUUCUUGCUUGUCACUAUGAUUCCAAGCUGUAUAACAACAUGGUUUUCAUUGGUGCCACAGACUCUGCUGUGCCCUGUGCUUUGAUGCUAGAAACUGCAUUAAGAAUGCAGAAUCACUUUAGGUCUACAAAAGAAUCAAACUCAGAUCUGACACUUCAGUUUGUGUUCUUUGAUGGGGAGGAGGCCUUGAUGACUUGGUCACAAUAUGACUCGCUUUAUGGUUCCAAACAUCUGGCUGCCAAGUGGGCUGACACUCCAGAUCCUAAUAAUUUAGGCCUUACCUACAUUCAGACUAUUGAACAGAUGAUACUGAUGGACCUCAUUGGAACACCAGACACCUCUUUCGAUCUUCAGUUUGCUCAAACAGCAUCUUCUUACUACAAACUCAGGAACAUUGAGCAAUGCCUGCAGCAGCAUGGUUAUCUAAACCCCACUCAACGUAAUCGACCCAUCUUCACCAACAGACGUGCUCGGGGAGGUGUGGAGGAUGAUCAUAUACCUUUCCUUGAACGCAGGGUCCCCAUUGUUCAUCUCAUUUCCUCACCUUUCCCAUCAGUGUGGCACACAGUCUAUGACAAUAUACGGGCACUUGACUUCACACUUAUUGACAACCUAGCACGUAUACUGCGCAUCUUUCUAGCAGAUCUUCCACUUUGAAUUGAACUGCUAGAAAAACAAAUAAUUGAUCCUUGUGACAGACAUGGAUGCAAGCCUGGCUGCCAACUUUGAGAUGCUGCCCGAUGUUAUUCAUGUAUGUUUCCUGCUACUGUUUUUCAGUACAUCUUGCAUUGGCCUGGUGCCUGUGAUUGCAAAAAAUUAUAGUUUGAUAACAAAAAAAAAGUCCCAAGUUUUCUUUUACAUGGGCGACUCCUUCAAAGAGUAUGUCAUAAAGGUCAUAUGUGCCCCUUUUAUUCAUGAAUAACCUCAGAGGUUUUUACUAUGAAAGCUGUAUACACAUUUAACAUAAUCUGUAGAUAAAGGACAUGGCUAGCACUGGUUUUGCCAUUUCUACUGGGAGAUAUGUGUUCCCCAGCAAUGACAUCGUGAAGAGUUGUCAUUUUAUGAAAGAGUAUAGCUGGGAUUUUCCUCUAGCACAAAAAUAUACUCUAUUGUUAACAGCAGAUAUUUAUUUUGUUGUUAUUUGGAUCCUAUAUAAAAAUGGUAUUUACUUUUUAAAUCUGGUCACCAAUAUUUGUGAUGAACUGAUGCAUGUUGUUAUAUGUGUAUGUGAGUGAGAGAGAGCAUGUUUAAAUUGGAUCACUCAGUAAUCAUUACUGUUUUAAUUUUGUUACAGCUAAACAUUGACAGUCAACACAUCAUAUCUGUGAAAAGGAAAAAUAUGAUUUCAGUCAGAUUUUG